AUGGAGAAACAAGGAGAAGCCUGCGCCGCCGGCGAAGAAGAAGUACCAGUAGACCGGAUCUCGGCGCUACUCGACGACAUCAUCCACCAGAUCCUCGCCCGCCUGAGAUCCACAAAGGAAGCCGCGAGAACCAUCGUCCUUUCCAAAAGAUGGGUCAACCUCUGGCGAUCCUACCCUGUCCUGGAAUUCGACGACAGGGGAUUCCUAUCGAAGCAAACCGCCGAGCGAUUGGCCAAAUCCGUCGCCGCAAAGUUCGGCAGUAACAACACCACCCCGCCGCUCGGCAUCAGAUCCGUGAGGAUCGAUUUUGCCGAUUAUUUCGACGGCGCCGAUUGGGACGUGUUACCCUGCUCUGCUUUCCUCGACGAUCUGUUGAAAUCAGCCGCGGCCGCGACGAGAUCUCAAUCUCCGCGGGAGAUCGACAUUAGCUGCGGAUACAUGGAAGAUUUCGGCGAAUUCGACGGCCGCUUGACGUACGACAUCCCCAAGGGAUUGUUAUUGCUCCCCUGCCGCCAAUUCCCCCAAUUUCGCGGCGGCCUGGAAAUUCUGAAAUUGGAGUUCUGCAGCUUCAGGGAAUUUGUAGGCGUUGAUCUAGUCGGGGUGGGAAGCUCGCUCAGGGAGCUCACUCUGCGGUACGUCAGUUUACCCGACGACCGAAUUCUGAACGGAAUGAUCGCCGGAGCCUUGCGGUUAGAGAGCCUGACUCUGUCCGCGAUCGUGGAGAUUCGGAGGCUUCAGGUUCGGAACCUCCCCAACCUGAGAGCCCUGAGGUGCUACGCUUGCGAUGUGGAGGAUUUGGAGAUAACAGGGGCGACCUCUCUGGAAAUCCUGUGUCUUUCCUCUCCGUUGGGAGGUGAAUUGGAGGUUUCUUCUAUGCCAAAUCUCAGAGAACUUGAAAUAGAUGCUUGGAAAUUGACGGACCAGAAAGUUAAUAAGCUGAUUGCGGAGUCCCCAUCUCUGGAGACACUGAAGCUGACGAACCCAGCUCAAGUGCGCAAUCUGAAGAUUGUCAGCAGCGACAGGUUCCGGGAACUCACGUUGGUAGUCUGGAAGGAGUCGCGAGCCAUGGCGAUCGAGAUCGAUGCUCCGAGGCUGAGCAACUUCAUUUAUCACGGCGCGAUUGUUAAUUUUCUCCGUUCGAUCGAAUUAGGUAGCAAGAAGAAGAAGAAGAAUAGUACUACUACUGCGGUGCCAUUCUACUGGUAUCUUUAUGGUCACAUGUUCCACAAUUUUAACAACCUGAGACAGCUUUUUCCUCGAAUCAGCGAGUUUCGGUUGACGCUAGACAUUUCUUUUCAGAGUUUAAGUGAGUAUGUGUGCAAGACGUUCCACGAGACAGAUAUGCUCAAUCGUUGUGGAGCUGAAUGUAAAUGUUGGCGACACCAACUGAAAGAUGUGAAGAUGGUAAAGAGAGCCGCCGGAGCAAACGGUGGUACUAGGGUAGAAGAUGAUGCUGAUAAUAAUGAAGCUGUCGAUAUUUCAACGGUUGUGAUUUCAACUCGUGCGGAAAUAGCAGAGAUUUGGCUUCUGUUCGAGUUCUGA